AUGGAGAGGGGAAAUCAAACCAGCAUCUCAGAAUUCCUCCUCCUGGGACUGUCUGACCGGGCGGAGCAGCGGCAGCUCCUCUUUGUGCUGUUUCUCUGGAUGUACCUGCUCGGGGUCCUGGGGAGCCUGCUCAUCAUCCUGGCCAUCGGCUCCAACCUGCACCUGCACACCCCCAUGUACUUCUUCCUCACUAACCUCUCCCUGGCCGACGUCUUUUUCCUGUCUACCACAGUCCCCAAGAUGCUGGCCAACAUCCAGACCCACAACAAAUCCAUAACCUACCCUGGCUGCCUGGCACAAGUAUACUUUUUUAUCUUCUUUGGAGGUCUGGAUAUGUUCCUCCUAACCGGGAUGGCUUAUGAUCGCUACGUGGCCAUAUGCCACCCUCUCCACUACACCACCAUCAUGAGCCCACGACUCUGUGCCCUGAUGGUUUCCGGGUCCUGGAGUGUCAGUAGCCUUGAGGCCUUACUCAACACACUGUUGAUGCUUCACUUAUCCUUUUGUGCAGACAACAAAAUCCUUCAUUACUUCUGUGAACUGAACCAGAUCCUAAAGCUAUCCUGCACUGACACCGUCAUUAAUGAUGUGUUACUGUACAUACUGAUCGUGGUACUUGGUGUGGGUCCCCUCGCAGGCCUCCUUUUCUCUUAUGUCCAUAUCAUUUCAACUAUUUUAAAAAUAUCCUCUGCUGGGGGAAGAUGGAAAGCUUUCUCCACUUGUGGCUCUCACCUGACUGUGGUCUCUCUGUUCUAUGGCAGUGCCCUCGGGGUCUACCUCAGCCCCAUGUCUACCCAAGUAUCCCGGAAAGGCUCGAUAGCAUCUGUCGUGUACACGGUGGUCACCCCUAUGCUGAACCCUUUCAUCUACAGCCUGAGGAACAAGGACAUGAAACGAGGCCUGAGGAAUGUGUUCUGCAGGAAAAACCUUUUUUUGCAGAUGUCGUGA